AUGCUCCGACAAGUAGCUAUUUUUUUGAUUGUUCAUAGUUAUGUAAUCCUAAUUUCUUCACAAGUAUUGCUCGAAUGUAAUUUUGACAACUCCUCACUAGUUGCUAAUUGUUUCACCACUCUUAUGCUAACUGUUCCCACUCUGGGCACCAUCGACAAAGAUCCACCAAUUUCUCCAUUUUCGGAUGUAACAUCCACGACUAAACCAACAGAAAAUGGUGAAUUAUGUAAACUUCCCUAUCGAGUCGACUCCUACACGUGGGAUAUGUAUUUCUGUAACAAGGGCUUUUGUCCAACAGCAACAAGUCCCAACAGCAAAUGUGCAUUAGGUCAAUUUGCACAUGUAAGAUUGUUCGAGACAGAGGUCUACUCUGUUCCUCUCAAAGCUGGGACAGGUGGGAUCAAUGGAAUAGAUGACCAAUGUAUUAUUUAUUAUUAUUACAUACCAAAAGGAAUUGGUAUUCGAAUGAGUAUUAAACUACGCAAAGUAGAAGUUGAUAAUACAACUGAAAUCAUCGAUUAUGUUACAAAUAGUUCAUUCAAUCGAUGGACACAACGAAAAGUUAAUUAUCGAGCUAAAAAGCCUGGAUACAUGAUAUACUUUGAUUUUCAGAGACUCGAUCCUAAAGCGCCUUUGUUUGGAAUUGAUGAAAUUUCAAUACAACAAGGAUUUUGUUCUGAUUCAAUAACAACUACAAAUGCACCGACUAUAACAUCAAAAGAAAUAACAAUAAUGCAAAGUGAAACUGAGAUUCUAACUAGUGUAUCUGACAUAACUGUUAAAGAAAUAUCAAGCAUAGCCACAAUAGAGCAAUCAACAGUAAUAACUUCAAUCGAACCAAUCGCAUCUGAAACUACAUCUACCAUAAUGCUUGCUACGACGAUGAUGUCAAGCACUAUUUUCCCUGUAACAGCUUCAAGUGCGACUUCCAUUCCAAAUGCACUUACAAUGACAGAUGCAGAUAUUAUAAUAACCUCAACUUCAAUAACAACGAAAAUGAUAACUGAUACUUCAGAAAAAACAACAACAUUAAAAGUAAUACCGAGUGAAACAUCAACUAAUAUAAUCACUGAAAAUAUUGAACUAACUUCACAAACAAGUGCUUCUCAUCUAACAAUAACAGUUGCUGAUAAACAAAUCACAUCAAAUAUGAUACAGCGUAUUAUUAUUUUAGCCACUGUUACUCCUAUAGGUAUAUCUGGAGUCAUUAUUUUCAUUAUGUGGUUUAAAUAUUCUGUUUACGGUUAUAAAAAAAAGAAAUCGAAUUCUGUUGAAAUGAAUCAAGUGCAACCAACAUCUCUAUAA